AUGUCUGUAGCUGCUUUCAGGCCUGUGAUUUCCUUCUCCCCAAACUGGACCCCAAUAUUCACAGGGGAGUCUGUAACUCUGAGCUGUAAUGUGGCUCCUACUGCCCAAGGGAACCUGGGAUAUUCCUGGUACAGGGAUGGACAGCGGAUACCUGGGGAUCAGCAGAGCCUUGUCAUUCAGCCUGCCAAAGUGACAGAUAGUGGGGAUUACCAGUGCCAGGCCGGUGCCAGUGAGAGAAGUGACUCUAUUAGACUGGAUGUUAAUUCAAAUUGGCUCAUCCUGCAGGCGCCCCCUGCUGUUUAUGAAGGGGACUCCCUGUCUCUCAGGUGCCACAGUUGGUCUGGAUAUGAUACAAGGAAGCCGGUAUUUUACAAGGACAAUAAGGCCAUUGGGUCCCCAGUCAGUGGCUCUGAGUUACAGAUAGGGAGAGUGGGUGUUACUGCGUCUGGUACAUACAGGUGUGAAAAAAAAAAAUCUUCUAGUGAUGGAAAAUACAUUUUAGUUUCAGCACUGUUCUCUUACCCACUAAUAAAAGUGAGCCCAUAUUCUUUAAUAGAAGGAGAUCACAUGACCAUAACAUGUGACACAGAGCUCAGCCCACGCAGAGAGACUACAGAGCUGCAGUUUGCUUUCUACAGAAAUGGGCACAUUGUGCAGGGAUUCAGUUUAUCCAACCAAUAUGGAGUCCCCUCAGCUCAGCUGGAGGAUUCUGGGAAUUAUACCUGUGAGGUACAGACUCCAACUGGCAGUGUAAGGAAGAGGAGCAGAGAGGCCCAUAUCCACAUACAGGAGAUUGUCUCUUACCCACAAAUAAAAGUGAGCUCAGAUCAGGUGACAGAAGGAGAUCACAUGACCAUAACAUGUGACACAGAGCUCAGCUCACACAGAGAGACUACAGAGCUGCAGUUUGCUUUCUACAGAAAUGGGCACAAUGUGCAGGGAUUCAGUUUAUCCAACCAAUAUGGAGUCCCCUCAGCUCAGCUGGAGGAUUCUGGGAAUUAUACCUGUGAGGUACAGACUCCAACCGGCAGUGUGAGGAAGAAGAGCAGAGAGGCACAUAUCCACAUACAGGAGCUCUUCCCUUACCCACAAAUCCAAGUGAGCCUACAUCAGGUGACAGAAGGAGAUAACAUGACCAUAACAUGUGACACAGAGCUCCACCCACACAGAGAGACUACCGAGCUGCAGUUUGCUUUCUACAGAAAUGGGUACAAUGUGCAGGGAUUCAGUUUAUCCAACCAAUAUGGAGUCCCCUCAGCUCAGCUGGAGGAUUCUGGGAAUUAUACCUGUGAGGUACAGACUCCAACCGGCAGUGUGAGGAAGAGGAGCAACAUGGCACAUAUCCACAUACAGGGUGGAAAUCCGUCUUCCCUGGUAGCAGCUCUCACUGGGAUACUAGCAGUUUUGCUUUUUGUUAUUACUGUCAUCAUCACCUUUAAGUUCCGACACAAACUUGCCCCAUUGCUAAUGUGCCCCCCGCAUCACCCCAAAACAGAGAGGAGCUUUCCAAAAACCCACUUUAGAACAGUAAAUGAUGAAGAGACACACAACCCAGCAACAUUGUAUGAAGAUAUAUCAGACUUGGUCAAGGAGAUGUAA